CCGAAGAGUGAGGUGUUAGCAGCGGUUAGCGACAGCAGCGUAUAGUGUACGUCUUUAGUGAAUUAAGGUAACUAACUAAACACACGGCUGUGAAAAGUCCGUGAGCAGUAGCAGAAUAAGCUUGUAAGUUAGGUGGAGAUGGCAGGUAGGUCUGGAAAUGAAGAUCUAUUUGACAGUAUAAUAAUGGCGGAAGAAAGGUUCCGAGGGGAGGGCUACCGGGAGGGAUUUGAGAAAGGGACCUACCGAGGACUGCAGGGUGGCCGCAGGCAUGGAGCCUCUCAUGGGGCAAAGCUAUCCACUGAGAUUUCCUUCUAUUAUGGGUUUGCCAUCACGUGGAAAUGUCUCCUCCGACAUAAUACAGAUCUCAAAUCAAGAAAGCGUAUGAAAGCACUGGGUUCUCUUCUGGGUUUGAUCCAAAACUCUCCUCAUGAUGAUCCGCAGUCUGCAAAGCUGCAGGAGGACAUGGAGAAACUGCGUGCCAAAUUCAGACAGGUCUGCGCUAUGCUGAGUGUCCCAACUGACUUCAACGAUUACAUCAAAACUUCUGAAGGGACUUCUUUCUGAAUCUCUCCUGAUCAUGUGGAGAAGCUGGGCUGACCUUCGUGUCCUGUGCAGCUGAUGUCAGUCUCACAGGUGGCAUCAAGUGAUUGUCUGCACUGGAUUCAUCAAAGGGUUUGGAGUACGAAAUACGAACUGUCAGUUUGACUGUGGUCUUUGCCGUCACAUUCUGGUGGGAAGGUCUAACAUGUAGUAACUACAGCAAAAGACACAAAAGUCAAAUCUUGGAACAUGAUUUGCUUAUUGGUGUCUUGAUUCUUUGGGAAUUUGACUAAACUACAGUGACAGAGUAACUGAAGAAACUCUUGCUUCUCAGUUAGUGGUGGAAAGUAAGUACAUUGCUCGUGUAAUUUUCACUCUGUACUACUCUGUACGCCACUCUAUUGUGUUCUUCUCUUCACAACAUUCAUCUGAUGUGUAUUUUAGCUUUCAGAAAAAAAGAUUUUACAAAACAUUUGAAGAGUUUAGAAAAUAUGAUGCAUUGUUAUAGAUUAACAGUGAACACUUAGUGUAUAAUGUCAACAUUGAAAUGCCAGUGGGGUGGACAAAAGAACACCUUUCUGUAUAGCACAAUACAACUCAACAGUACCACAGCUACAAAGUUAGCCUACCAUGGAAUCCACUCUUUAAAACACAAGCUGAAUAUUAUAGCCUUUAUGAAAACCGAUUUAUUACAGAACUGUUGUAUUAGACAGCCUUAGUUGUAGCUAGGGGUACCCAAUAAAUUGAAGUGAAAUCUGCCUCUACCAGCUUCAAAAAAAUAGCAAAAAAAGUUUCUGACACUUUAAUCAGCAUAUUUUUACACUUUGGAGGAACACAAAAAAUGUAAAGCUUUCUUAUUUAACUGAUAACUACUGUAUUUAAUAAAGUAGAAAUUUGUCAGCAUGAA